AUGGAAGCUGCGCUCGAUGGGAUGCGCUGCGCGCUGUGCGGCGCGGUGGCGCACGUGCACUGCGCCGCCGACGCGGCCUUCCUCUGCGCGCCCUGCGACGCCGACGUGCACGGCGCCAACUUCCUCGCCUCGCGCCACCGCCGCACGCGCGUCUCCGCGCCCAAGGGCAGCCACGACGACGUCGAGGACAACGUGUCCGCGACGUCGUCGACCUCCUGCCUGUCCACGGCCGACUCCGCGACGACGGCGGCCAUGGCGCCGCAGCGAGGCCGGGUGACAAAGCCCAGGACGAAGCGUCGCGCGCGCGGCGAUGCAGUGCUCGAGGUCUGGGCCAAGCGGAUGGGCCUUGUCGCGCCGGGUGCGGCGCGCCGUGUCGCCUCAGCGGCCGCGCGCGCGCUCCAGGACAAGGCCGCGGCGCCACGCAUGCCGCUACGCGUCGCCAUGGCGGCCGCGCUCUGGCGGGAGGUGACGGCUAAUGGCUCCCACGAGGCCACCGGCGACGCGCUCCGGCGUCUGGAGGCGUGCGCGCACGUGCCGGCAAGGCUUGUCCUCGCGGUGGGGCGAGCGGCCGCCCUGGACACCGAGGAGGGCUGGGGCGAGUGCGCGUGCGCGUGA